AUGACCGAAUUAGUUCUCUCUAUUCGCUCACAUAAAAUCACCAGUCUUCAGAAAAUCAACGAAGCGCGCAAAAACCGCCAAAAAUCAAAAUUUUCAGCUCAAAUUCCCCCUGUAAAACGUACAUUCUCCCCAUUAUUCUCCACUCCCUCAAUCUUCUUCAAUAUCUGCAUCCGUCGCUUCCUAGCCUCCUCAAUCUUCUUCUGCUCGUCAUCUGAAUCCGAAUCCAUCGUCCACUCAACGAUCUUCUUCUCCUCCACGUCAUCUUCUCCACGUCUUCUAUCGUCACGUCUUCUACUGAAUUCUUCAGAAUCCCCACGUCGACGUCUUCUAUCAUCUCUCACAUUCCGUGCAUCUCUCAUAUCCGGAGACGUCGGACGUCUUCUGGAGCCUCCAUCGUAUCUCCUCGUAUCAUCUCCUCUUCUUCUCUGCGUCUCUCGUCUCUCCUGUGAUCUCUCUCGUCUCUCUGCUUCUCUACGCUCUCUCAACUCUCGAUCUCGCCUCUCUGCACUCUCCGAUCGAGCUCGUCUCACAGGGCUCCGCCUUCUUUCAGAGUCACGCCCACUUCGAUCGUCGAACUGCAAAAAAAUGGGCGGUUUUUUGGGUGGAAACCUCAGAAAUCUGGGCUUUUUCAGUCAUUUUUCAAGUGAGAAACUCAAUUUUCGAGCAAUUUCGGGUCAAAAAUCUGUUUUAGUGGGUCAUCACGAGAUGCUUUCGGUUGGCCUACGCCUAACAGAAGAGGUUUUUCCUGGUCCCGACGAGCCGAUCGCAGAUCUUGACACCGAAAAAAAAGAUGCUUCGGGUAGUAUUGUAAAAAAAGAUCCAAAGAUGCAUCUAGAUGGAAUUGAUGUUAAAACUGGAGUCGCAAAGAUCAAACGCAUCGUUCUCAACCGCACUGCAAACGUCGAGUUCCUCCGUGCCGAGUCGCCAUCACGCAUUUGGGUUCGCCUUGAGAACCAUAUUACAGAUAAUACGCUGACUUUCAGAGAACCAUUCGAGCUAAAACCACAGAAAACCUUCAAAGUCAACGACUACGCCAUAGCUCCCAUCGAUGAGCGUGUCUACCGUCGUUGUCGUAUCGUCGAACCGGAAAAUGAGCGAAAACUCAUUAAAAUCUUUUUUAUCGACGACGCCACAGUGGCUUGGGUGAAGAAAGAGUGCCUUGCCGAGAUGGAUGAACAUUGGAUGUUCUAUCCGUGGCAGGCUAUUCAGAUCUCAAUGUUCGGUGUCUAUCCGGCGGUUUCUGAUGAUAUUGAAGUUACAAAACCAGUGUGGACACCCAAGAUAUGCUUCAAACUCGCUCAAAUCCUCGCGAAUUAUCAAAAACUGAAACUAGACGUCGUUCUUUCCACCGUCGUUUUCAAUGACUACGCUCGACCGAUUCCGUGUAAAUUAUAUGGAAUCGAGCCGGAUAUAGUGGAAACGAAUCGAACAGUUUGCAUUGCUCAAAUGCUCGAAAGUGCCGUUCUAUUAGAAGAUGGAACGUUGUCAGCGAAAGAGGAAGAGGAUGAAACUGGAGAUCAGAAUGAUAUGGAAUCAUCUCAAGAAGAGAUUCCAACUGAUCUAUCUCCACCUGAAAUUGUGUGUUUGGAUAUGUAUGAUGCUGCAUUUCAUGAGAUAUUUGAAGUGGCUGAAAAGGAUCUCAUCCCAGAAAAUCCAUUGGAUAUUCAUAGAAAUCUUCCCGGCGACUGGAAGCAGACGGAUGAUUUGGAGGAGGAGGAGAGAAUGGAUAAGGAGAAUGAGUUGUUCUCGAAGGACUCUAUGACACCACAAAUGGAACCGGAUGAGUGGAAUCCACGAUUGAAUCAGAUUCCCAUGUUGUCGAUUGAUGAGUUGGGAGAGAAAUAUCGAUUCCCUUCUGAAGACGGAAAGGCACGUAUCAUGUUGGCAGUGGAGGGUCGAUGCACAAAGAGUCCAUACGAGUGGUACGCCCGGCCAAUUGUCAAUUCGGAGACUGGAUUGGCGGAGGUCGACGCGACGGAUUGGAUGUUAUACGGUAACGACGAGUUGACGGGAUUCGCCGAGAAAUUGGAUACGUACUACUCGAUGCAGAAGAAUCGGAAACCAUUGAUGCGGGAUGAGAUCAAAAUCAUAAUGAACGAGAAACGUGACGUAUUCGCUGUGUGCGCUGUCAACGAGGAGAAGGGAAGUUUCACCGGCGAAUGGCAACGUGUUCUCAUCGUCGAUUGUGAGGAAUUCGCAGAAGUUCGAUUCUUGGAUUCAGGCGGUCGUGAUAUGGUGUUGACGAGUUCACUCUAUCGAAUUCAUAGCCAACACUGCAUCUUCCCCCCAAUGUGUCUCCGUUUCGCCAUGUAUGGAGUCGUCACGAGCUCUGGAAGAGUCGACAAAAAAUGGGCGGCAAAAGAGACGUCUCGCUUCCGAAUGUGUCUUCGUGAGGAUACGCCAAUCUUCAUUAAUAUCGAGGAUAUCGCCCAUUUGCCGUCUUCGAAUGCAGAACGUCGUCUUCCACACGUCGCCAAAUUCGUCCUGAUGGUCAAAAAUGUGUCGUAUAUGGACGAAUCGCGAACUCUUUUGGAUCGAUUUUUGAGCAAAGACGAAGAGGGACACGCGAGACAAGCCGACGGAGAACCUGCAAUCUGGCCACCAGCCAAAACUCAAUUUUAUUAA